AUGGCAAUAGUAUUUCUCGUCAUCGCAGCAGGUACCUCUUUCGGCUCACCUACCACAAACCAUAUCCGGCCCCCCAAAAAACCGAUUCCACCUCACAACAACGUCCCGGCGCAAUCACCGGACGUUCCCAACAAUAAUCUCCACGCCCUCAUCACAACGAGAGCCCUUCCCGAUGACUCCAACCGCCAUGCCCGGCGCAACAAAAAGUACUGGCUGACCUCAUCCAAUCAUCCCUCCCCCGCCCUCCUCCAGCGCCACAACCACAUAACGGACCACCUCCGCCUCCACUCCGCCGCAUCAUCAUCAUCAUCAUCAUCACCGCCACUCACCAAACGCAGUCUCGCCAGUGACCUGACAGUCAUGGGUUUCCGCCUCAUCUGGACACACGCCGACGUCAUCGUCUCCUCCUCCCUCGCCUACUACCGCACGACCGAAUACUACCGAAACAUGACUGUCCUCGCCGGCGGCGAGUUCGGCUUCGGCCCCACCGUGCAGAACUACGUCAUCACGUACGGGCUGCUCCGGCUCACGUUCGACGUCGUGGCGGACGCGGCGGAGGCCAUCGCGGCGGAGCUGGCGUGGGAGUUCCCGAACGGGUUCGGGCAGUUCGUGCAAGAAUUCGCGCAGGUGAUGCUGUGGCUGACGGCCGGGGUGGUGAUUGGGACGUAUACGGUGCUGGCGUGGACGGUGACGACGGCCGUUUGGAUCACCAUGGUUAUUGUUGAAAAUGUGGAUUUGAGGAAUAUGGUCAGUGGGCCUUAG